AUGCAUUGUAGAGUAUUUCCCUUUGAUAUAAUAAUCAGAAGUAAACUAUUUUGUCGAGGAAUAAUGACAAGACAACUAAGAAAGAGAACAAGAACUGUGGUGAAGGAAGAACAAACUUCAAAAACUUCAAAAUAUUUUAAAAAAGUUAAAGUGAAGAAAGAAGAAGAAAGUGCUGUCUUAGUGGAGGAUUCUGUUGACGUCGAGUGGGUGAAAACUCUAAACAAUAAGGACUACUUUCAGUGGAUUGGAGAAAGAACUGGUAAUAUAGCCAGACGAUGGGAUAUUCCGUUAGCUGAUGAUGCGUUUCAACCAAUAAAUGGUAAUAAGUUACCUAAACAUUUUAAAUAUAUUUAUUUGAAAUUAAGAAAUAUGAGAUCAAGUAUUAACGCACCAGUAGAUUCCGUAGGUGGGUCCUCAGUAUCAAUAACAGUAGCGGAACAACUUGGUAUUUCCAAAGAAGAAUUGGUUCCUAAAAACUACAGAUUACAAACAUUAAUUGGUAUAAUGCUUUCCUCACAGACAAAGGAUGAAGUUACAGCAAAGGCAAUGUAUAACAUCACAAAAUAUUGUCUUGAUAAUUUCGGUUCAAGAGGUAUAUCUCUUGAUGCAAUGUUACAAAUAGAUGAACCAACUUUAGAUACCUUGAUUAGAGCAGUUGGUUUCCAUACUAGAAAGGCGAAAUAUGUCACUCAGACAUGUCAGAUCCUUGUUGACCAUUUCAAUUCAGAGAUUCCAACCACUCCUGAAGGGAUGAUGUCACUUCCUGGAGUAGGUCCAAAAAUGACAUAUUUAACUUUACAAAAAACUUGGGGUAGAAUGGAUGGUAUAUGUGUUGAUGUGCACGUUGAUAGACUUUGUAAGUUGUUUAAAUGGGUGGACGCUAAAAAAUGUAAGACGCCGAAUGAUACAAGAGAAGAGUUACAAAAAUGGCUACCUUUACCUUUAUGGCGUGAAAUUAAUAGUUUAUUGGUUGGGUAUGGACAAGCCAUUGAUAGAGCUAGGGUAAAAGUAUGUGAGCUAUGUGCUACAGAAGAAAAUCCUUUCAUUCCUGGGAAAUCAAACUCUCAUAAUCAUAUUUGUCCUAAAGUGGCAAGUGCAGAAUUACUGGAUAUGGUACCCCAUAUGAAAAAUUAUCAAAGUUGGGUCAAUUACUUAGUGAAAGAGGCAAAAAUUCAUGAUAUUAUUAAGGAUGAAUCACCCUCAAUUGACAACACAUUUGUAGAUAAUGAUCCUCCUCUUGUUAAAUUGGAAGAUGAAAUUAGGAUUAAGCCUGAGAUUAAGAUGGAAAAUGAAGCUUUCUGA